AUGGCCAAAGCUGGCCAGGUCCUCUGCCAGGGCGUGGGGCCCGCAUAUACGGCUGAUCUCAUGUCGAAUGCACUCCCAGACAACACUUCGCCGGCUGCCAUCAGCGAGGCGGAGAGUCUCUUCAAGCUGGCUGCUUCGAAGUGCCCUAACAGCCAAAUCCUGGCUGGUGGGUAUAGUCAAGGAACAGCCGUGAUGGACGACUCCAUCAAGCAGCUUUCUGACGACGUCAAGGACAAGAUCAAGGGCGUUGUGCUGUUUGGUUACACCCGCAAUGCCCAGGAGGGAGGUCAAAUCGGCAACUUCCCCAAGGACAAGGUCAAGAUCUACUGUGCCAUGGGUGAUAUGGUCUGCGAUGGUACCCUUAUCGUCACCGCCGCACAUUUCACCUAUGUCAUGAACACGGGUGAAGCUUCUCAGUGGCUGGAAUCUAAGCUCAGCGACACCACCACUUCUUCGUUGACCGAUUCGUCUUCAUCUGGUACCUCUUCAAGCACCUCGACCGGUGAUUCCUCUUCGGAGUCCUCGUCCGCAACAGGACUGGGUGGACUGAGUGGUCUAUCUGGCCUGGGCUCGUCCACGUCUGGCGGUUUCCCUUCUCUGGCGUCGCUUUUCUAA